CUAACUUUUCUGAGGAAGUAGUCGAAAGCUUUCCAUCCGAUAUCUCUACUGGUGUAUACUAUGGAUGGGCCUGUGUUGGAAAUGGCGAUGUGCAUAAAAUGGUUUUGAGCAUAGGAUGGAAUCCUUUCUAUAAGAAUAUUAAGAAAUCAGUGGAAGCACACAUUAUCCACACUUUUAACGAUGACUUUUAUGGAGAGAUUCUUAGUAUAGUCGUUCUUGGGUAUAUUCGAUCAGAAAGAAACUUCAGUUCUUUAGAGUCACUCAUUUCAGCAAUUCAAGAAGACAUUGAAGAGGCAAAACGACAGCUAGAUUUACCAGAACAUCUUAAACUUAAAGAAGACAACUUCUUUCGUCUGCCAGAAGGCAAAACAGUAAACCACUAA